AGUGUGGAUAUAGCGUCUUCACCAUGGGUACCACCAGCGACAGUAGUGUGGCCAGAUAUGCCGAACAUCUUGCUCAUCAGAGCACUCCAAUUGUUUCUUCAGAAGUUGGGCACCCUGAUGUUUUCUUGGUUCCUUUGAAGAUGCAGUCAGUUUCUUCUACACAAACAUUCCGUAGUUAUAGUUGCGGUGUGCCAUCGAGAAUGCACUCGCCUCACAAGGUAAUAAUGGUCGUUGGUGAGACAGGCACCGGUAAGAGUACAUUUAUCAAUGCGAUGAUCAAUUACAUCUUAGAGGUGAAGUGGGAAGAUAACUUCAGAUUCAAGCUGGUACAUGACCGAGGGGAAGCGUCUGGAUCACAGGCUUAUAGUCAAACACAAAAUAUAACGUCGUAUACAAUCAAUAACAACUAUCACAUCAACGUUCCCUACACGUUGACACUCAUUGACACCCCAGGGUUCGGGGAUACUAGAGGUAUUGAGCGCGAUAAAGCUAUUGUUGAACAGAUCCGAGAGUUUUUCUCUCACCCUGAAGCCCAUGGUGUGGAUCACAUCGAUGCUGUAGGUUUCGUUGUUCAGUCUUCACAAGCUCGUCUCACCCCGGCACAGAAAUAUGUCUUUGAGUCAAUUCUUGCCAUUUUUGGUAAGGAUAUUGAGUCAAAUAUAGUGCUGCUGAUCACCUUUUGUGACGGGCAAUCACCGAAUGUCCUCGAGGCAAUACACGAGGCAAAGCUAACUUUCGAUAAGACGUUCAAGUUCAACAACUCGGCACUAUUGGCUAGUCGAGGAGAUGUUGGAAUGUCCUUUGAUGCAAUGGUCUGGCAAAUGGGGUACACAAGUAUGAAGGAGUUUUUUUAUGUUCUUGACGACCUACAGCCGCAAAGUCUUAGCCUCACAGUAGAAGUUCUAGAGGAACGAAAAAGUCUAGAGGUUGCUUUAGAAGGGUUGCAGUCUCAGAUUCUGUUCGCUUGGGAACAAACAGAGCAGUUAAAAAAAGAUAAAAAAAUUCUUGAAGAACAUGAAAAGGAAAUACAGGCAAAUAAGUCUUUCGAAUACAUGGUUAACGCUCCAAAACUUGAAAAAGUUCGAGAUGAGGACAAGGGCUCCACAAAUUGUUCCAAUUGCCUCUACACCUGUCACCACCCAUGUACCUUCUCUCAAGGAAAGCUUUUGUGCCAUGCAAUAAAGAAGGGCUAUUGCACUGUGUGUCCUGGCAAGUGUUCCUUGAGUGACCACGUCCAUGAGUAUUUCAGGUAUCAUUGGAAAAUGGUGAAAGAGAAACAGACGUACGCUGACAUUAAGAACCAAUACAGAGACGCCCAGGGGCGAAAACAAACCCGUGAAGAAGUGAUCAAGUGUAUUGAAACUGAUCUGGUCAAAUCGGAAGCUGCUGUGUCUGAGUUGAUCGAUGAGUCUCACCGUUGUACCCAGCGCCUUCGAGAGAUCGCCCUCAAGCCUGAUCCCAUAGGAGUAAUGGAUUACCUAGACAUGUUAAUUGAGUCAGAGAAGGAAACGAAAACCGAAGGUUGGCAGAUGAGAGUUGUGUCACUGGAAAAUGCUAAGCGCCAAGCAAACACUAAGGCUGUCGUCAAGGAUGCACAUUCAUUGGGCAACAUCCGGGGCAGACACACAAAUGGGCAAAAACUUAGUUCUGAAGAAAUUACCAAGAAAGUCGAAGCUGAAUCGGGCAAGAGCCGGUGCCUCAUUUUGAGCGCAAUAAAAGACCAAUUGCGAUAAACAUGUCGGCAAAUGACCUGGCAGCUGUGUGGGUGGCAAAAAAUCGAUGUCGCGUCAUAAGUUAUACCUUUGGGGGACAUUUGGAAUUAGGGAGACAUUUCAAUAUAUAUAUAUUCCCCCGCUAAACUUAUUGUCCGGCGUUGUGGGUGAACUGUAAUUUAUUAAUAGAAAAUAAUAAUAAAUUCCAUUAUAAUUACAAUUAUAUACAGUACAUCUGGUCAACCUGGUAACUUGUGGAAUGUGUAAAUAAACAAGGUAGAAUUUACUCGUAGGCCUCUGUUGGAGCUGAUAGGCCCAGCGCAUAAAAUGUUCAAACAAAUCAACCAAUCAAUGAAAUGUGCUAAAAAAAAGGAAUGAUCAAGAAUUAACCGGAAAUACAAAAUAGAUGCGAUCAAUGUCAAAUAAACUCAAAUUUAAUCACAAAGGGUACUUCGGUAAUCACUCAAAUCGACCAGUAAUUAAUCAAUUGAACCUACAACUUAAGAGUUUAUUGUUAGUUUAACUCAAGUAAAUAGAAUAUUAACUAACUAGACAAUAAACAAAUAAAUAAUAAAAUUUUCCAAAAUAUGUGCACUUUCCAACUAAAUGGGCCCACCGCGGUCUUGUUGCACAAGACUAUUCUGGGUUCCGUGGAAAGUCCGGCAAUCCCCUUGCGUCGGCUCUCUAUAGCUAUGUCGAUCGUCACAAAGUUGGACGAUCUCCGCUCCAAAUGAGCAUCAGCCAGCCACGUCCGGCGAACUUCAAGGCUGAUGAGCGUCACUCAUCAGUCGGCCUGGCGUCUGUGCGGCGCGCUCGGCACCCAACUAUGUGGACUUUAUGGACCUGUCUGUCUCAAUUUAAGUCGCUGGCCCCGCAUUAGCUCCGGCUAAAGUGCCGUCUACAAAUAAAUAUUACACAAUGCAACUAAUAACAAUCUAUCUCAAAUUAUAAUACAUAAAACACGUGUUUCAAGAAGACAAAGGCUAUAUCAAGCGAUCAGUGUUUUUCGAGAAAAAAAUCCUCAUAGAAUCAUUCUAGCAUCACAAAAUGCCUCAUCUUCUCCUGAUUAUCAUUUUAAGAAUUAAGGAGCAAACAUUAAAUUACAAUCAAACUUCUAAUCUCUAGUAAAACGGAUAUCGUGAUAAGCACAAAUCAACUCAGUCACCAGACUAUUAUUUUGUUCAAACCCGGUUUUCGACCACCAA